CAACAACAAGCCACGCUCCAAAGCCAGCGGGAAGCCGACUACCAACGCUUUAAGACCUACGCCGCCUGGACCUUCCUGGUUGCCUCCCCGAUCCUCAUCGCCCUCCCGCCGCGCAAGCUCGACAACCUGACCGUCCUCCAGCUCAGCGCCUUCUCGAUCUCGGCCAACCACCUGACGCGCGAGCGCACCGGCCGCAGCAUCGUCGACCGCCUCGAGGACAAGAUCUCCGCCGGCCGCAGCCACCCGCUGGCCUCGCUGGGGAACGGGCUCCCCAGCGAGCGGGCGCUGGAGAUCCAGGCCCGGCUGAAGGCGGACCGCGAGCGGCAGAUCGAGGAGGCCAAGGGGGAGGAGCUGGCCAAGCUGAAGGCCCGCGAGGAGUUCGACAAGCCCGUCCUGCAGCGCGUGUGGAUGGGUGGCGAGACCGAGGGGUGGAAGGAGCGGCGCCUGCGCGAGGAGCAGAAGGCCCUCGAUGAGGGGAAGGGGUAUGGGGAUUUGAUCCGCGAGCAUAUUUGGGAUGUCUGGACUUGGGGGAAGGGGGAUGGUGAGAAGAAAUGA